UUAAAAAAUAUAUUUGACAUGGAUAUGUUUUCCAAUUGCCCGGGCUUUUGUCCUUCCUGCGGCUCCAUUCUGCCCGAGCUGCAAGUGAAGGGCAACGUGAUUUGCUGCAAUUGCAGGCAGGAGUUUCAGCCAGACGUUUACAGCGGCGAGAAGUCCGAGUUCACCAUACACUUCAACACCUACGAUCCCAGCAAGGUGUUCAACAGGACGAAGAGGGAGUCGGAAUCGGACGCGGAUGGGCCCGUCGUGGAGAGGAAGUGUCCCAAGUGCAACCACGACAAGAUGUCCUAUGCCACCCUGCAACUUCGCUCCGCGGACGAGGGCCAAACGGUGUUCUUCACCUGCCUCAAGUGCAAAUUCAAAGAAUCGGAAAACUCUUAGUUGCUAGCAAUGUUUGUGUAUAUAGUCUUAUAAUUAGUGAAAAUAGUCAUGCUCGACAGCCUGGGAAAUAUAGAAUUUACCAAUUGUAA